CAAAGGCUGACUGUCAGCAGACCUCCCUGGCAGCCCUCGGAUCGAAAGCACGGACACUCCGACCCUGAAAGACAUAGGGAAUCGUCCAAUGAAUGAUAACUAGAAAAGAAGCAGCCGCGAUUAAGAGAGAAACUUAAAUUUAUUAUGUGGACUUUCAGACAGAGAUCUGCGCAUUCUGGAGUAACACCCACGAUGAGGGAGAGGAUUUCCUGUACUUAGUAUUAUCUGGUUCUAGUGUACAGGCGUGGCUUGGUGAGCGCACAGGCUGUUGGAGUGCUCUGGAGAAGUGUAGACCGAAAACCAAGUAGAAAUCUGCAGAGCGGCCGCGGUCCAGGAGGGCGUCCGUCCGGAUGGCGUCCGCGCCCCGCCUCGCGCUCGGGUUCCUUCUCUCGCUGCUCGGGGUGUGCGUUGAGGGGAACUGCCCGACGUUCCUUAGUGCCAAGGACCAGAACUUCAGCUGUCCCCCCUCCUGUGUUCAGCCGAGCCGUUCUGGGAACGACCCCGUCUUCGGCACGGAGUACUACAAUGCGAGCUCGGACGUCUGCCUCUCGGCUCUCCAUGCUGGCGUCGUGGGGCUGAGCGGCGGCAACGUGCAGUUCCGCAAUGUAGGCGAGUCACCCAUCAACGGAUCCAUGAUCAACCGCGUCGUCUCACGGUCCGGGGAACCGGCUGUUGCCUACGCGUUCAUAAAGGAGAAUCUACCAUUGGACUUCAGCGAAGCCGACUUAACAGAGAAGGUCCUUGUUCACAACUCGUACUUUAAAGACAACCUUCACUUGAGUUGUGUAGCCGAGAGGUCAAACGUCGUUCUCGAUGAAGGAAACAUUGCCAGACUGGAGUAUGGAAACUAUAAGGGCGAAGCAAAUGUGUUCCGUAAGUACCAUCCUCAGGUGUUGUUCUCUCUGAGUGCUCUCCCUCUCUCUCACUGCCCCCCACUUUUAUUUCCUCUUUCACCCUCCGCCUUCUUCCAUAUCUCGCUCCUUACGUUUUAUAUAAUCAUAACUAUAAUGGACAUUUUUGUCAAAGGAAGAUGCAGGGGAGACUAA